GUCGCCCGCACCGCGGCGGGAAAAUCCGACCCGGCAGCGUACCACCACUGCUCUCAGCCCUCGUGCGUUUGCCCAGCGUCAGCCCGCAGAGAUGGAAGAGGAGGCGGAGGCCGAGGAGCAGCAACGAUUUUCUUACCAACAGAUGGGGUUGUCAUGAGAGUGGAACAUUGGCAUUGGAGACACUACAGGUGACGCCCGUAGCGCGGUGCGCCGGUCGGGUCGGAGCUCUGGAACGCUGGUCCUGGAGGCGUCGGCCCUUUAUACAGUUAAGGGGCUGCGCCGCUGGGACUAGGUGACCAGGCUUAGAUGCGGAUUCGAACCUCAGCUUCGCCAACUCGUGAUUGUACUGACUCGGCCCAAACGCAGUUUUUUUCCUCUGCAAAAUCGUCGUAAGAAUAACCACUUGGGCUGGGCGCGGUGGCUCAAGCCUGUAAUCCCAGCACUUUGGGAGGCCGAGGCGGGUGGAUCACGACGUCAAGAGAUCGAGACCAUCCUGGUCAACAUGGUGAAACCCCGUCUCUACUAAAAAUACAAAAAAUUAGCUGGGCAUGGUGGCACGUGCCUGUAAUCCCAGCUACUCAGGAGGCUGAGGCAGGAGAAUUGCCUGAACCCAGGAGGCGGAGGUUGCGGUGAGCCGAGAUCGCGCCAUUGCACUCCAGCCUGGGUAACAAGAGCGAAACUGUCUCAAAAAAAAAAAAAAAAGAAUAACCACUUGCCAGGGUAGCUGCGGGCAUCCCAUUCGUUCCUUUCAUAAGCGCCGGGCUUACAGAGCAGCAGAGGCUGAGAACGUUACAGUGCUGUGAAGAGGCGAAAAGCAGGACCCGGAAUGGCGACCUUAAAGAGGACGGACUGAAGAAACUCAGGAAUAAGCUCCAGACGCGGGAGUUUCCUCUCUACAGAGUUAAAUUGCAGCAGCUGUCUACCCAGCCCCUUGUAUUUUGAGAAGUUCAAACCUUCAGAAAACUUGCAAGAACAUGAGGCUAAAGGCAGCAGUUCACUACACUGUGGGUUGUCUUUGCGAGGAAGUUGCCUUGGACAAAGAGAUGCAGUUCAGCAAACAAACCAUUGCGGCCAUUUCGGAGCUGACUUUUCGACAGUGUGAAAAUUUUGCCAAAGACCUUGAAAUGUUUGCAAGACAUGCAAGAAGAACCACAAUUAACACUGAAGAUGUGAAGCUCUUAGCCAGGAGGAGUAAUUCACUGCUAAAAUACAUCACAGACAAAAGUGAAGAGAUUGCUCAGAUUAACGUAGAGCGAAAGGCACGGAAGAAAAAGAAGUCAGAGGAUGGAAACCACAAUUCAAGAGAGCUGGCCGAGGCUGGAGUAGUGGAGAGUGAGAAGUAAAGUGUCCUGCCGCUUGGAAAAUGCAGCCUUCCACAGGGACAGCGACGUGGAAAUGCAUAUGGCUGCAAAGGGAACUUUGAAGGGAUAAGUAGUGAUUACAAAGAAAAAAAAGGCUAAGGUGGCUUUUUGUGCUGAAUUCUCCACAUUGUUAACUGCAAAAGCUAGUUUAAGAGGACAGGAAAGUCAUAAGCAAAAUACUCCUGAGUCUCAUUCCAGCACAUAAAAAUGGUGUGUAGUCGAAUGUGUAUAUUGGAAAUUAUAUAUCUUGCAAUUAAAAUUGUGUGAGUAAUUAAACAUGGUUGACUUUUUCAAGCAAAAAUCAGUUAUUCAUCUUUUGAUGUGAUUUUCUAGGCUAAAUGACAAUCUCUGAAAGAUGAAUAAAACUGAAUUUAUUUA